GCGGCAGCUACCAUCAUGGCGGCGGCCGCCCCUAAAGUCGGGGUCUCUGGCCCGGAGGCCGGGGGUUCCGCCGAAGCCCCGCUGCAGUACAGUCUUCUUCUGCAGCACCUGGUGGGCGACAAGCGUCAGCCCCGGCUCCUGGAUCCUAGGAGCCUGGGCGGGAUCCCGAGCCCCGCCAAGAGCGAGGAGCAGAAGGUGAUGGAGAGGGCGAUGGAAAGUUGCGCCUUCAAGGCGGUGCUGGCGUGCGUGGGAGGAUUUGUCUUGGGAGGUGCAUUUGGAGUGUUUACUGCCGGCAUUGAUACUAAUGUAGGCUUUGACCCUAAGGAUCCUUACCGUACACCAACUGCAAAAGAAGUUCUGAAAGACAUGGGACAGAGAGGAAUAUCCUAUGCCAAAAAUUUUGCCAUUGUGGGCGCCAUGUUUUCAUGUACUGAAUGUUUGGUAGAGUCUUACCGGGGAAAAUCAGACUGGAAGAACAGCGUCAUUAGCGGCUGCAUCACUGGAGGAGCCAUUGGUUUCAGAGCUGGCGUGAAGGCCGGGGCCAUCGGUUGUGGCGGUUUUGCUGCUUUCUCUGCUGCAAUUGACUAUUACUUACGGUGAAAGGAAUAGCCUGAGAGGAGGGUGCCAGCCGCCUCCAGAGGACAACGUCUGCACACUUGGCAUUGCCUCAGGGGCUGGCGCCAGUUGUUUCUCUCACACCGUUGAUGGUGUAAGGGAGCUGCCUGGCUGCUCUCUGCCACUCCUGAACUCCAACCAGAUUCUUUAGGGCAGGUGCCCUGCCAGAUUGCUCCUUAGAGUAGAUCAGGAGGCAGCGUGCCGGUUGUUAGACACUGGGCUCAACCCAGAUUCAAGUCCUGACCUCCUCAGCUCUUCAGCUUGUUUGGUGCUAUGACCAUGGAGGUAAUAGCAUGUUUGCUUAUGCCCGGGAAGCUCUUCUGCCCUGGAGAUCUGUAAGCAUCCAUUAGAGCAAAGUAACUUUAUGCUAGUUACUUUAUGCUAGCUACAGCCAGUUUUGUUUAGCACCUUAUAAUUCUUGUUUAAAAUAUAUAUAUAUACAGGC